AUGAGUUCAAAUGAUGGUAGUAGUGAUCGUGUACGGGAAGUAAAAGUCAUAGCACCAAUCAAUAUCGCACUGGUCAAAUAUUGGGGCAAAAGAAAUGAAGACCUUAUGCUUCCACUGAAUGAUUCCAUUUCGCUUUCUAUCAAUGAUAUGUGUGCAAAAACACGGGUACGAAUAGGGGCAUCGGUUAAGAAAGAUUCAGUCUCAAUCAAUGGUUCAAAUGUGUGUCUUUCAAAGCAUCCAGGGUUUCUUCGAUGUUUUAAAGAAGUAAGGAGGCUAAUUCGGAAACGCUCCAUUAUAUCGGAAACUGCAGGAAAAUCAGAGAAGCAUGAUUAUUUCAGCAAGUUUGAAGUUGUCUCCGAAACAAAUUUUCCUAUUGAAGCAGGGCUUGCUUCAUCAGCGGCUGGUUUUGCGGCUAUUGCGUAUGGUCUUGGGCAAAUUUACCAGUUAAAUAUUAGCGAUAUUAUUCGUGUUGCUAGGAUGGGCUCUGGAAGUGCAUGUCGGAGUAUCUUAAGUGGUCUUGUACAUUGGAAGGCAGGUACUGCAGAAGACGGUACUGACUGCAUCUGUGAAACAGUUUUCCCAGAAGAUUAUUGGCCCACAUUGAGGUCACUAAUUUUGGUAACGUCACAUGGUACAAAGAAAGUUAGUAGUUCUAAUGGUAUGCAAUCAACUGUUAAAACUUCAAAAUUAUUGCAAGCUAGGAUGGAUAUUGUGCCUGAACAAAUAACGAAGUUAAGAAAUGCUUUUCGUGACAGGAAUUUCGAGCAAUUAGCAAAAGUAAUUAUGUCGGAUAGUGGACAGUUGCAUGCCCUGUGUAUGGAUACCAUGCCAUCCCUUAGGUACUUGAAUGAUAAUUCUUGGUACCUUAUGCAACUUAUUCAUGCCCUGAAUAGACACUGCAAAGACACGAAAGUGGCUUAUACGUUUGAUGCUGGUCCGAAUUGCUGUUUAUUUUUGGAAUCUGUUAACGUGCCGUUAAUUCUGGCCGCUGUCAAUAAGUAUUGCAAAUUACGAUCUGAUCUCAUAGAACGAGUAGCAAAAUACCCUGCUGCAUUUGAGUAUGGGAAUUUGAGAAGUUUGGUGGAAGAAGAACAGAAAAAUCUGGUGUUAUUCGAAUCUAUAGAUGGCCAAGAGAACAGCGAGAUUGAACCGUUGGAUGGUGUUGUCAAUGAUAUCUUUUUUAGUUGUGUGGGCGUUGGACCAUUCUUAGCGGAAAGCAGAUAG